AACCUUACUCCACCGCCAAAGAUACAUUUUUUCUCUUUCACUUUUUUCGGUUUUUUUUUUUUUAGUUUCUCAACUAAUAAGUUAGGGAUAUAUCUCCGGUAAUGGAUCUCAGCAGGCGGACACAGUGCUUCUUGUCGGCUGUUUUGCUGUCGGUAGCGGUUGUAGCAUUGCUGAUUGAGCCGCAGUUAUCGGCGGCGUCGACGAUUCCCGAGAAUUUGGUAUUUGAAGUUAGAAGCAAGUUCGCCGGCAAAAGAGAAAAAGAUCUUGGAGCUCUCAAAGCUCACGACGUCCACCGUCACUCUAGACUCCUCUCCGCCAUCGAUCUUCCUCUCGGCGGCGAUAGCCAGCCUGAGUCUAUUGGUUUAUACUUCGCUAAAAUCGGACUCGGAACUCCAUCAAGAGACUAUCAUGUCCAAGUUGAUACAGGAAGUGAUAUCUUAUGGGUGAAUUGUGCUGGUUGCAUCAGAUGUCCUAGGAAAAGUGAUUUGGUUGAGCUGACACCUUAUGAUGAGGAUGCUUCGUCCACCGCAAAAUCUAUUUCCUGCGAUGACACCUUUUGCUCUUACGUUAACCAAAGAUCUGAGUGUCAGUCAGGUUCUGCUUGUCAAUAUGUUAUUAUGUAUGGAGAUGGGAGCUCUACUAAUGGAUACUUGGUGAGAGAUGUUGUACAUUUGGAUCUAGUUACUGGAAAUCGUCAAACCGGUUCCACCAACGGAACUAUUAUCUUCGGAUGUGGGUCUAAACAGUCUGGUCAACUUGGUGAAUCCCAAGCUGCAGUUGAUGGGAUAAUGGGAUUUGGACAGUCAAAUUCGUCGUUUAUUUCUCAGCUAGCUUCACAAAGGAAGGUCAAAAGGUCUUUUGCACAUUGUUUGGAUAAUAACAAUGGAGGCGGUAUAUUCGCCAUUGGAGAAGUCGUGUCACCGAAAGUUAAAACUACACCUAUGCUCUCAAAAUCAGCUCACUAUAGUGUCAACCUCAAUGCAAUAGAAGUUGGUAAUUCAGUUUUAGAACUUUCUUCGGAUGCGUUUGAUUCCGGCGAUGACAAAGGAGUUAUUAUUGAUAGUGGUACAACUCUGGUGUAUCUUCCUGAUGCUGUUUUUAAUCCGUUCAUGAAAGAGAUUUUGGCUUCACAUCCGGAGCUUACUUUGCAUACAUUUCAAGAGUCGUUUACUUGUUUCCAUUAUAUAGACAAAUUAGAUAAGUUCCCAACUGUCACUUUCCAGUUCGACAAGUCUGCUUCAUUGGCCGUUCAUCCUCAGGAAUAUCUAUUCCAAAUUCGAGAAGACACAUGGUGCUUUGGCUGGCAAAACGGUGGAUUGCAGACUAAAGGAGGAGAAUCAUUAACAAUUCUUGGAGACAUGGCCCUAUCUAACAAGUUAGUUGUCUACGAUAUUGAAAACCAAGUCAUUGGAUGGACCAAUCACAACUGCUCAGGAGGAAUACAAGUAAAGGAUGAAGCAAGUGGAGCAAUCUACACAGUUGGUGCACACAACCUCUCAUGGUCGUCUUCUUUAGCUAUUACAAAACUUCUUACACUUGUUUCUCUCUUAAUCGCUUUCUUCUGUAACAUGGCUUUAUAGUAGAUUAAACCCCUCUUGGAACAAAGUUUGUUAUCAUUAAAGGAUCUGAAAUCCCAUUUGUUGAAAAAAUUGCCAUCA